GAGCACCUGCGUUGCGAUUGCAAAUACGUAUGUCCCGCGAGGUUGGAUUCGCGCGCGCGCGCGCGCGCAAUCACGCGGGACGCAGAACGCAGAUUUUGUGUUCUGAUUUUUUGUGUUCUCUCCAACCGUAGGAACCGAGGAGACGGCGAGCACACCGUAGAACCGGAGCUUGUAGCCUUUGGUUGACCCUUACAUGACACAACUAAAGUUCGGGCACAUGGGUUUGGAUACGAAGUUGACGCUUAUCACUAUGGAACUGAAGACGCUGUUGCAAAACCGCGUUUCGACAAAGAAAUCAAAGGAGAACUGUCAAGAGAACGAGAAGAAAGAGGACGAAUAUUUUCAAAAGAUAUAUCAACAGUGGAAGGGUAUGAAAGCUAAAGAUGACUCUACAUAUAAAAUUAUACCGAAGUUUUACUUUAAGCUGCCCAAAGAAGAUGAGAUUCUACCACAGAAAUUACGUGAGGAAACACGUGCCUUAUUUCUACAAAGACGUUCUCGACAGUUGCUUGACAAUAAUGAAUUGAAGGCACUCUGGGUUUUGUUAGACAAACAUCACAGCCCACCCUUGUCAGGAGAAGAGCAAUUGAUCAAUUUUGAAGAUUUUAAGAAAGUGGGCAAACUCGCGGGAGCCAAAUGCAGUCCAUAUUUCACUGCAGUCGUCUUUGCCAAACUGCAGCAAGGAGAUCCACAUGGUAGAAUCAGUAUCAUGGCAUUGUUUAAUUAUGUUAUGCGAAAAGUUUGGUUGCAUCAAACAAGAAUUGGGCUUUCUUUAUACGACAUUACAGGACAGGGCUAUCUUAGAGAAUCGGAUUUAGAAAAUUACAUUUUGGAAUUGAUCCCAACUCUGCCACAGCUCGAAGGCCUGGAAAAAUCCUUCCAUUCAUUUUAUGUAUGUACAGCGGUCCGGAAGUUUUUAUUUUUUUUGGAUCCUCUUCGAACUGGGCGCGUUCGUAUUCAAGAUAUUUUAGCAUGCAGUUUUCUGGAUGAUCUUUUGGAAUUGAGGGACGAAGAUUUGCCAAAAGAUUUGCAAGAAGCGAAUUGGUUCUCUGCGCCUUCGGCGCUUAAGGUAUAUGGACAGUAUCUCAAUCUUGACAGAGAUCACAAUGGGAUGUUGAACAAAGAAGAACUUGCUGGAUACGGUACCGGUACUUUAACCGGUGUUUUCCUCGAAAGAGUAUUUCAAGAAUGCUUAACUUACGAAGGCGAGAUGGACUACAAAACAUAUUUGGAUUUCGUCUUGGCAUUAGAGAAUCGGCACGAACCUCAAAGUCUUCAUUAUCUCUUUCGCAUUUUAGACAUUAACAAUCGCGGUUACUUAGAUACUUUUUGCCUCAAUUAUUUCUUCAGGGCUAUACAAGAACAAAUGACGAUGCAUGGGCAAGAACCUGUUAGCUUUGAGGAUGUCAAAGAUGAAAUAUUCGACAUGGUAAAGCCAGCUGAUCCGUGUAAAAUUACGUUACAGGAUUUACUUUCUUGUGGACAGGGUGACACAAUGAUCAGUAUUUUAAUUGAGUUUCACGGCUUUUGGGCAUACGAGAAUCGAGAAGCUAUGGCAGCUGAUACUGGAGAUGAAUCAUCUCAUGUAUGACGAAGUACUUCCCAUCCCAGAAUACGAGAUAAAUAUCCCACCGGGAUAGAUAAUACGCGAUUGGACAUUAACACUUGAUAUGUUUAAAACAACGUUGUGAUGUGACUCGUUUUGUAGUAAUAAAUUUUAUAAUUUAUUGUGUGCCAGAAUAGGCAAUCAUCAUCAUCACAUGUAUAACUUUUAUACAUCGAAUUAAUAUAUAUUAUUUUUUAAUAUUUUUUAAUUUUACUAUCAUAAAUGUUAUACUAACUCUAUCAUGUAACAUUGUGUAUGUGUAUGUGUAUGUGUUUUUUGUAAGAAAAAUAAUUUACUUUUAAUUCAAUACUAUAUGCUUUUCGUUCCAUAUAAUUAAAACGAUUCGAACAAU